AUUACUAUUCCACAGUCGAAGGCUUUAGUUCCGACCCAAAGAUUCAUUGCACGUGCUUCUUUGAUCCCUAUAUUCUCUCAUCAAUCUCUCACCCACCCCCUAAAACACCCUUCAAAAUUGUAGGCGGCUUUUUGUAGGCUGCUCUGCCACUUUCUGAUUUGAUCAGUCUUGGGUUGUGACUUUAGUCAUUUCAUCAACGUUUUCCAAGAUGGGAGAUGUAGCUAAGGACCUAACAUCAGGAACGAUUGGAGGAGCGGCACAGUUGAUAGUCGGACACCCUUUUGAUACCAUCAAGGUUAAGCUUCAAAGUCAGCCUGCUCCACUACCGGGGCAACCACCUAAGUAUCCUGGUGCUAUGGAUGCUGUCAAACAAACUUUAGCUGCUGAAGGCCCAAGGGGUUUGUAUAAAGGUAUGGGGGCACCACUUGCUACUGUGGCGGCCUUCAAUGCUGUUCUGUUUACGGUGAGAGGGCAAAUGGAAGCGCUGUUGAGAUCGGAACCUGGUGCCACUCUUACAGUCGGCCAGCAGGUGAUUUGUGGGGCUGGAGCUGGAGUUGCUGUUUCAUUCUUAGCUUGCCCCACUGAGUUGAUCAAAUGCAGAUUGCAAGCGCAGAGUGUAUUGGCGGAUUCUGCCUCGGCUGGUGUGUUGGUGAAGUAUGGAGGGCCAAUGGAUGUAGCCAGGCAUGUUCUGAAGUCAGAAGGUGGCAUAAGGGGUCUGUUCAAGGGAAUGGUUCCCACCUUAGCUCGUGAGGUUCCCGGGAAUGCUGUCGUAUUUGGCGUCUACGAAGCACUAAAGCAAUACAUGGCAGGUGGGCCAGACACUUCUAAACUAGGAAGAGGCUCUUUCAUCGUCGCCGGAGGCUUGGCUGGUGCUGCAUUCUGGCUCACUGUCUACCCAACCGAUGUCAUCAAGAGUGUGAUCCAAGUGGAUGAUUACAAAAACCCCAAAUACACCGGCUCCAUAAAUGCAUUCAGGAGGAUAUUUGCUUCAGAGGGUUUGAAAGGCCUUUACAAAGGGUUCGGCCCUGCCAUGGCACGAAGCGUUCCCGCAAAUGCAGCAUGCUUCUUGGCUUACGAAGUGACAAGGUCGAGUUUGGGCUAAAUCCAUGGCCAAUACUAACAAGUCAAUGAGAAAAAUUACAGUUGAAAUAAGGUUAGAUCUCAAAUAUUGCAGCCAAAUUUCUCACGAGGUAUGCAUACAAGUUUGCCAUUUACAGUGAACUAUGAUGUUCGAUUCAAAUUUUCGGCAAUACGAUGACUCCAAUUCUUGGAGAUCGCUGUAAACUCCCAUUGAUUGACUGGAAGAAAACCACAUUCUUUCAUCAA